GCACGUGUAAACAGCAGUUUGGCUGCACAAGCUCGUGUGUCUGUUGUUCAUGUUUGUAUCUAAACGCAGGUAGUUUUGGUUUUAUUAAAUAAAAGAAUGUAUUCUGCUAAACCACACUUCGAGUAUAAUUCAACAAACGUCCAACUACCAGACGUGAUGUAUAAAGCAUCUUCUAUGGUAACUAUUUGCGACAAUACGGGCGAUAACAAUGUUACCCAGGAGUUGACUUCAUUAAAGCAGCGACAAUCAGAUUUAUUGCGAGGUUUGGACGACAUGAUUGAACGGGUGAAUAAAAUGAAAUCCAUGGUCACAACAACAACCAAUAAAGGAAAUAACGCAGAGUUUCGUGAUAUCGUGAUCCAUGCAUGUCCCUCCCAACCCCCACUAUCAUUGAAAUAUUUGAUCAAAAUGUUGCGACAACGGUUCAAAGUUUUGGUGAAAGUUCAUGGUCACUCAUCCGUGACCAAUCACAUGACCUCGUUCCUGACCAAUGAGGAGACAACGAAUCGAAACCAUUAUGACAUCAUAAUUACAUUGAUUUGGAAGUCAGCACCGGACGACCCGAUCACCCACCUCCAUCCUUCCUCCUCACCCAUUGUGGGUGAAUCCAACCUUGCAAGGCUGGUUGGUAGAAUGCUCGGUUACUAUGACAACACUCCCACAAGUUUCCUGAUUAUUACAACCACUGAUGUCAUAUAUGAUGCUUGUGAUGUCAUAAACAACAUCGGGUCAACGAAGAAGCAACGACAAGAUGCGUUACAAACACUAGGGGGGGUAUUGAACAAUAACCAAUGGUUCAUGGGGAAAGUUCCCACGAUUGUCGACUGCAAUGCGUUCUCAACGCUGCAGCGGUGUUUCAACACUAGUGGGCAGCGAUGGGUUGGGCCAUGGUUGGAGCGAGCAAAACAAAUGUUUGGUUAAAAUUCUUUAUUCACGCAUGAUGUGUUCCAUUGAAACAAAUAUAAAAAUAGUGCACGCUUGAUUUCCAGGGUUGGGUUGCAUAGAAACAUACACAAUUAAAUUUCAUUAUCAAGA